AUGUCGCACAAGGAACAGCCUCACGAGUCGCAGCUGGAGAAGCGCGCUGUCGUUUCUUCAUUUAUUUUCAAGUUUCCCAGGGGUCCGUCUGAGAAACCGGUUGUUGCGCUCUUCAAGCGCAGCGAUAAAGUGCGGACGUACAGCCAUCAUCUUGCUCCGAUAUCUGGCAGUAUAAGUCGCAGCGAUAAUUUUCCCAUCGAAGCAGCGUGGCGCGAAUUGGCCGAAGAAACUUCACUCGACCAAUCCUCACUCACACACUGGCGCACAGGGAAGCCAUUCACCUUUGAAGAUCGAUCUGUCAAUCGCGAAUGGACGGUUCAUCCUUUUGCUUUCAAGCUGAAAGACUCAUCCGAAGGAGGGAAAGGUGAAAGCGCUAUCAAGAUAGACUGGGAGCACGAGGGAUGGGAAUGGUAUGAUCCACAAUCGGUGCUAGACAGGGGAGACUUGGAGACUGUCCCGCGUCUAAAAGACUCCCUGCGACGAGUUUGGUUCGAAGGUGAAUUGAGCGAGCGCGCAGCCAAGGCGCUUUCACUGGGUCUAGAGCGUCUACGAAGCGAUCACGAGAGCGGAGCGCAGGAAUUGACUGCCAUCGCGCUGGUGGCCUUCCGGGAUUUUAUUGUCCAGACGCAAGAUGAGAUCGAUAGUGAGGAGUGGUGGAAGACUGUUCGCAUGGCAGCGUGGCAUAUUAUCAAGAAUGGCCGGGAAAGUAUGGGCGCAUCGACAAUGAAUGCUCUAAUUGCCGUUCUGGAUGAGAUGAAGGACAUACUUGUGGACGAGCAGACAAACUCGCAGCAUAAGUUGGAGCGGGUCCUGAAUGUGCUCGAUCAUCAUCUCAAGUGUCGGAAGAGUCGUCAAACGCAAGUGAAGGAUGCCUUUGCAAAUUACAUUCGAUUCAAGUUCCUGCAUCACGGGGAAGCGCUGGAUAAACUUACCAUUUUGACUGUUUCGGCUAGCUCAACUAUCCGGGACAGCAUUUUGGAAGCGUAUGCAUCGCUGGACAUCCGAAAGCUGGAACUUCGCAUUCUCGAAUCGCGGCCACUAUUCGAAGGCACUAGUAUAGGUUCAUCAAUCGUCAGCAACUUCAAAUCACGGUUCCUGGACACCCCCGGCAAAGAGCUGAAAGUGAAGAUAUACACAGACGCAUCUGCCGCUUUGGCUGCCGCCGACGUGGAUUUGUUACUUCUCGGUGCCGACCGCAUAUCCAGCACAAAAGGAGUGAGCAACAAGACUGGCUCAUUACCAGCUGUGCUUUGCACAAAACACGUCAGUCCUACUGCCCAGAUCGCUGUUCUCAGCGAUCUUGAGAAGAUCAACUGUGUCGGAAGCAUGAUUGAUGAUGAUCAUCAUGAAGACAACGAUCCGAUGGAGGUCAUCAGUGCCUGGCGCAACGACGGCGUCAAAGCAGUGCGGGUGCUCGAAGAUGGCAUGAAGGAGGCUGAUGCAGAGGGGUCGUCGACGGUCGAGGUGAAGAACACCUACUUUGAAUGGGUGCCGUUGUAUAUGGUCGAUGCGUUUGUUAGCGAAGAGGGCGUUAUGGAAGAGAGUCGCAUUCGGGAGAGGUCGAAAGAACUAGGGGAGACGGUUAAUAGGUUUUUUGAAGAUUUGUGA